AUGACGCGCGGAUGGCCCGUGUGGCCAGUGUGCCAUCGAAUGGCGUCGUCGGGGCUGCUCGCCCGGCUGCUCGCCGGCCACGCGGCGCGCGGACCUGCGGCCUCGUGUUGCGCGGGAUCGGCACGCCUGUUUUCCAGCAGCGAGGGCCAAAGCGAUGGCGCUUCCAGGCGGCACGGGGAGAGGCGCCUCAAUGGACCCUCGCUUGGGGACUUCCUCAAAGACGCAGGGGGCAAGUCCGGGAGUCAGACAGCUGCAUCAGGAGUGGGACACCUCGAUUUCGUUUCGGGAGCCGGUGGCGGGGACGCUGUGGAGCACGAGGCGGGGAAACCUGGGGGCACAGAGCAGCAGCGCUGGAAGUUCUUCGUCGAGACGUACGGGUGCCAGAUGAACCAGUCUGACACCGAGAUCGUCCGCUCGAUCCUGCAGUCCUCUGGCCACGCCCCUGCGACCACCCCGGACGACGCAGAUAUCAUCCUACUCAACACGUGCGCCAUCCGGGACAACGCGGAACAGCGCAUCUGGGGCCGCCUGGGGGCGUACAAGGGCGUGCGGCGGAAGCGCGCCGAGGCCCUGCGCGACCACCGGCGCGCGGGCGGCAGCCCGGCCACGGCCCCGCGCGCUCCGCCCACGGUCGGCAUCCUCGGCUGCAUGGCGGAACGGCUCAAAUCGAAGCUCCUGGAAGGCGAAGAGAGGGUUGCGGACGUCAUCGCCGGCCCGGACGCGUACCGCGACCUGCCCCGCCUCAUCGACGUCGUGCGCGGCGGUCCCGGCGGCGGCCCGCUCGGCGCGGCCGGCCCGGGGGCGAUGAACGUGCAGCUCAGCCUGGAGGAGACGUACGCGGACGUGCUGCCGUCCCGCGAGGGCGGCUGGCCGUCGGCGUUCAGCUCGAUCAUGCGCGGGUGCAACAACAUGUGCUCGUUCUGCAUCGUGCCGUUCACGCGCGGCCGCGAGCGCUCCCGCCCCGUCGACUCCAUACUGGCCGAAGUAGAACAACUGAGUCAGGCUGGGUACAAGGAGGUAACCCUCCUGGGGCAGAACGUGAACUCCUACGCGGACGUCUCCGGCGCCGCGGCACCAGGAUCCUCUCCGCGGCCGGGGCGCGCCGAGGAGGCGGCGGACCCGUUCGCGGGCGUGUACGCGCGGGGAUUCCGCAGCGUGUACAAGCCGCGGCGGGACGGCGCGACGACCUUCGCGCAGCUGCUGGACCUUGUGGCGCAGGUGGACCCGGAGAUGCGCGUGCGCUUCACGUCGCCGCACCCGAAGGACUUCUCGGACGACGUGCUCUCCGUGAUCGCCUCGCGCGCGAACGUGUGCAAGUUAUUGCACAUGCCGGCCCAGUCCGGGAGCUCGCGGAUGCUCGAGCGUAUGAAGCGGGGGCACUCGCGCGAGGCGUACGACGACCUUGUCGCGCACGCGCGCGCCGCGAUCCCGGGCGUCGCGCUGUCGACCGAUAUCAUCGUCGGCUUCUGCGGGGAGACUGCGGCCGACCACGCGGACACCAUGGACCUGCUGCGCACGCACCGCUACGACCAGGGCUAUCUGUUCGCGUACUCGCGGCGGGACAAGACGCACGCGGCGCGGCACUACGAGGACGACGUGCCUGAGCACGUGAAGGCCGAGCGUUUGAGGGAGGCGAUCGGUGCGUUCCGGGAGGCGCUGGCGGCGCGGUGCGGCGAGGAGCACGGCAGGGUGCAUCUGGUGCUGGUGGACGGGUUCGCGAAGAAGCCCGCGGGGUGCUUGAUGGGGCGGACGUGCACGAAUCGGCGAGUGGUGCUGCGGGGCUGGGAGGGGGUCGGCGAAUAUGGGGGCGCUGCGGGGGGGGUGUGCGACGCUGCUCCGGGGAUGUACGUGGCGGCGGAAAUCGAGGGAUCGGGGGUGGGGGGGAGUGCGGGGAACCUGUACGGGAGGGUGCUGGGCCGCACCACGCUGCAGGAGUUCGUGGGGCGGCACGGGGCGGCGUGGGCGGAGGGUUCGUCCGCGGCGGGGCUGGCGGCGGAGGUGCCGUGGGGGCAGGAGAGGUGGCUCGAGGCGCUCGCUGCGGCGACCGGGUGA